GUACAUAUUUGUACACUGAUAUAGAGGUCACUGAUAUCACAUGGCUGAGGAGGCUGAAGGGGGCACUUUUUGGAUCAGAAAUUUAGCCAAAGGUGUCUCUACUCUUGGCGCUCUCCUUGCCUGUAUAACUGGUAUAUUUGUCCUUAUCUCCUUUUCUGCAAAAUGUGUUGCCAUGGGAAUAUUCCAGAUAGCUGCUGGAAUUUGUGUGCUCAUGCUUGAAGCCACCAUGUGCUUCUUGUUUUUAGACAUAGGAAAAUGGCUUAAUGAAAAAUCUGACAAGAUAAAGCCUUGGAUGAAAAUGUUCUUCUACUUUGCAAUGUGUAUUCCUGGCCCAGUCAUAUGUGGUUCAACCACAAGCUAUGUCGGAUCUCUUGGCUUUGUACUCGCUGGAAUGUGCUACAUGGUUCUUACUAUCGGUCCUAAGGGAUCGGCACCUCCACAGGGUUCUGGCAAUCUUCCCUAUACAAGACAGAUUGACGACAUAGCUGCUUGAGGGUCCUGGUACGAAGCUAUAAUUAAAUAAUUACUAAACUUAAACUUUGGCAUAAUUGACAGUUUGAGCUCCUGGUUGAACUUGAAUGAUCAUAAAGAUGACUGGAUGAAUUUCGAUAUCGAUCUAAAAAGUCUCUUCUCACUGAUUAAUAUAAAGAAUAAUGAACUAUUUUUAUAAAAAUCGUGCUGGUCGCGAGCAAUUCCUCUAUGUUGUCUUUCAAUAUCUUUACCCAAUCAGCAAUAGCUAUUGCGUGCUGUAAAUAUGUAAAAUUACCUUACAAGACAUA